CGUCAGGAAGCGGCGUCUCCCGCAGCCAGCAGAUCAGUCCCAGCCCCGGCGCCCGCGUUUCCCUGAGCAGAGGACGCGAGGAGCUUUCAUCUCUCCGUCUUCCUUCGGACAAAGCAGACGUCAUCAUUGUUCACAGGAAGACGGGAGAGAUGAGAGCGUGAAAAAAAAAAACACAAAAAACCCCGUUCCACAGGAGAAGGAUGGCUUUCACCCACUCGCACAUGAUGGCAUCCAGACGGCACCCGCAGAGCAGGCUGAUAAUCGAAGUGGACGAGUACAGCGCCAACCCGACCCAAGCCUUCACCUUCUACAACAUCAACCAGGGCCGGUUCCAGCCGCCCCACGUGCAGAUGGUGGACCCCGUACCCCAUGAUGCCCCCAAACCCCCAGGAUACACUCGAUUCGUCUGUAUUUCGGACACUCAUUCCAGAACCGACCUCAUCCAAAUGCCGUACGGCGAUGUUUUAAUUCACGCCGGAGACUUCACCGAGCUGGGACUCCCGAGCGAGGUCAAGAAGUUUAAUGACUGGCUUGGAAGUCUCCCCUACGAGUAUAAAAUCGUCAUCGCGGGAAAUCACGAACUGACCUUCGACCACGAAUUCAUGGCCGACUUAAUCAAACAGGACUUCUAUUACUUUCCUUCGGUUUCGAAACUGAAACCGGAAAAUUACGAAAAUGUCCAAUCCCUCCUAACAAACUGUAUCUAUCUCCAAGAUUCCGAGGUCACCGUCCGAGGAUUCCGGAUUUACGGAUCUCCAUGGCAGCCCUGGUUCUACGGCUGGGGCUUUAACCUUCCCCGGGGUCAGGCCCUGCUGGACAAGUGGAACCUCAUCCCCGAAGGCACGGACGUUCUCGUCACCCACGGGCCGCCAUUAGGAUUUUUAGACUGGGUCCCGAAGAAGCUGCAGAGAGUGGGAUGCGUGGAGUUACUGAACACCGUCCAGAGGCGGAUACAGCCGCGGCUUCACGUGUUCGGUCACAUACAUGAAGGAUACGGCGUCAUGGCUGACGGGACCACCACGUAUGUGAAUUCCUCGGUAUGUACUGUGAACUACCAGCCUGUGAACCCCCCGAUAGUCAUCGAUUUGCCAACCCCAAGAAACACGUGAUUUCAACGAACGACGUUAUUUGCUCUCAGCGGGACUACGGAAGACUUUAUCGCCGAAUCGGCGGCCGGCGUUACGCGGUAUAAUAACAUCGCGCCAUCGCCUGCACGUUUCCAGAAGUACUUACCAAUCACCAGGAUAACAGGAUUUUUAUGGGGGGGGGGCUGUCCCGGAUUAUUCAUGAUCUGGUUAUUCUGAGAAAAAAAGAAAAAAAAGAUUAAAUUAUCCAGAAAAAAAAGAAGAAAAAAAACAAACUUUUUACAUUUAUUUUUCAUAUUCUUGGUGAAUUUUUAGCCAAACCGUCAGAAUUUUAACUGGAUGAUGAUUCUUCUUC